GGUGUUGGAGAGAGCAGUUCGAAAGUAUAGUGCUACCCAUAGCUACAGACAACUAGACAUGGUGCAGAUGCUGAAAGCGUUAAUCGUUCCGGGUGUGCUGGCCGUCGCCGGCUGCUGCUGGUGGUGGUAUAGCUCCCGGAAGAAAACUCCAGGUACCAGCCAGGACAGUGAGAAGAAGGAGGAUGAGCUUUCUUCCUCUAGUGGUGAAGAGCAGUGUGCUCAGUCUGAGACUAGAGCACCUCUCUCAAGCCCAGAGGAGCUCCCCCUUCAGGACAGUGUGGAAGGCAGCCAGCUAGCAGAGAUCAGUGAGCAGGAAAUGCAGCUUGAAGAGCCAAUCAUCAUCAUAGAUGAUCCUCAGUCUGAAGACACUCCAGUGUCUGUUAUAGAGCUUCCAGAGCUCAGUGUGGUUGAAGACCUGUCUUCUUCUUCUGAAGAUGGACAGUGUGCUCAGUCAAGCCCAGAGGAGCUCCCCCUUCAGGACAGUGUGGAAGACAGCCAGCCAGAUGGACAGUGUGCUCUAUCAAGCCCAGAGGAGCUCCCCCUUCAGGACAGUGUGGAGGACAGCCAGCCAGCCUGGAGCAGUGAGGGGAAAAGGCUGCUUGAGGAGCCAAUCAUGGACAAGGAGGAUCCUCCUACUAAAGGCGUACCAGCUUCCUUUCUGGGACGAAAGACAAAACCACGGGUCCUUUCCACCUCCGUGCCUUUGAAGCCCUUUUUCAUAAGGGAUAAAAAGUAUGAGAACACAAGGGAGAGCCUUUCCCAGGUGGCAUGGGACACAGUAAUGGAUGAUUGGUAUUAACUUACCAAAUAAAAGCCAAAAAAAAAAUAUAUAUAUCA